AUGGUGGAUGUGAUGAUUCUGGUUCGGAUACCGGCGGCGAGGGAUCUGCAGGGAGAGACCAUACUUGCUCUGCUUCUCACGUUUCUGGUAAUUGUACCUACCUCUCCAACCGAAGUCUGUUUCAACGAGCUAACGGCACUGUCCCCUUGCCUUCCUUUUAUCUCAUCGCCGCCCAACAAUCUCUCCUCCUCAAUCCCUCCUCUCUGUUGCGAUGUUUUCUCUUCCACCUUUAACACCUCCGGCGCUGUCUGUUACUGUUACCUCCUCAGCCAACCUUUGCUCCUCGGCUUCCCUCUCAAUACUUCGAGGAUCCUAUCGCUAUCAUCUCUUUGUUCUUCCAACAACUCCACUACUUCAACAACAACCGCGGCAUCUCUGGAACAUCUCUGCGAAGGGUCUCCAAUUUUGCCUCCUCUUCAGUACACAACAGGCUCUGAAAAUUCUUCAGCCCCUUUCAUGAACUUGCCACCAGAAUCGAAUGCAAGUUCCCCUACACCACCAACACUUGGGGUAGAUUCACCAAGAAUGAAGCCAGUUAACAACAGGGGCCCUCUGCUUCAACCUGGAAUUGUGCUCUUUCUUGUUCCCAUCUUCACCAGUAUGUGGUACUUGAUUCAUCAAACUUUUUUCAUAAACUCUUUGGUGCUGUGGACCCAAUUUGAGAGCGAUCUUGCUGUCACUGUGGAUUAAGCUGCUACUCAUCAGACAUGAUAGGAUAUGGGGAGUGAAAUUUCCUCCCUCGAACUAGUCUGACAACACCUUUAGAAACUCAUCACCAAACCAGAAUGUAUUGAAGUUGUUGCUUAUUAGAUUGUCAAAGUAAACAACAAUACAGCUC